AUGAGCACCUGCGACGUCAAGGAGUAUCUGGCCAGGAAGGAGAUUCCGCAGCUCUUCGAGAGUUUUAUUAAUGGAUUAAUGUGCCACAAACCUGACGAUCCAAUAGAAUAUCUGGAAGGAUGUUUACAGAAAGUGAAGGAACUGGGAGGAGCAGAAAAAGUGAAAUGGGACACUUUUGUCAGUCCAGAAAAAAGGACCCUACCUCCACUUAAUGGCAGCCAGUCAAGAAGGUCAUUCUUCAGGAAUGUCAUGCCAGACAAUCCCAACUUUCCUUAUCGGCGGUAUGAUCGACUCCCUCCAAUCCACCAGUUCUCCAUAGAAAGUGACACAGAUCUCUCAGAAACUGCUGAACUCAUUGAGGAGUACGAUGUCUUUGACCCUACAAGACCUCGGCCUAAAAUCAUCCUUGUCAUAGGCGGUCCAGGAAGUGGGAAGGGAACCCAGAGUCUGAAAAUUGCAGAACGUUACGGAUUUGAGUACAUCUCUGUUGGUGAAUUGUUAAGAAAGAAGAUCCACAACACAAGCAGUAAUAGAAAAUGGAGCCUGAUUGCUAAAAUAAUUACCACAGGGGAAUUGGCCCCACAGGAAACAACUAUUACUGAGAUAAAGCAGAGAUUAAUGCAGAUCCCCGAUGAAGAAGGAAUUGUUAUUGAUGGAUUUCCAAGAGAUGUGGCCCAGGCUAUUUCCUUUGAGGACCAAAUCUGCACCCCAGAUUUGGUAGUGUUUUUGUCCUGCUCAAAUCAGCGACUGAAAGAACGGCUAAUAAAACGUGCUGAGCAGCAGGGGAGGCCAGAUGACAACCUCAAAGCUACACAGAGACGCCUAGUGAAUUUUAAGCAGAAUACUGUUCCGCUGGUUAAAUAUUUCCAGGAAAAGGAUCUGAUCAUGACUUUUGAUGCUGACAGAGAUGAGGAAGAAGUAUUCCAUGACAUAAGCUUGGCUGUUGACAACAAAAUGUUUCCCCCCAAAGACCAUGUGGCAGGUCCAUGUGAACUUGAUCUUAAUCUCAUUGUGGACUCCGGAGAUAUUGCAGAUACAGAAUUUGACUUUGAAGACCAGGGAGAGCAAAACUUGAAUAUAUGUGGUCAGAGUUCAUUCGGAGAUCUCUCAAAAGACCUGAAGAAGCCAAACAUAAUUUUCGUAUUUGGUGGACCCGGAUCUGGCAAAGGAACCCAGUGUAAGAAAUUAGCACAAAAAUAUGGAUUCACUCACCUGUCCACAGAAAAUCUCCUCCAGCAGGAAAUGUCAUCAUUGUCAGAAAGAAGUAAGACCAUAAGAGACUUAAUGGAAAGUGGCGAAGUCAUACCAGGGGAUAUUGUUAUGGAACUCCUGAACGAAGCUAUGGAUGCCAAUUUAGGAGACACAAAGGGUUUCCUGAUUGAUGGUUAUCCCCUGGAAGUCAAGCAAGCAGAAGAGUUUGAGAGCCAGAUUGCAGAGCCAUCCCUGGUGCUCUGUAUGGAAUGUUCCUCUAAGACAAUGAACAGUCGUCUUCUGGAACAAAGUCAAAGCAACCAGUGCCUCAUGGACAAUGCUGAAGUCAUCAUGCAGCGAACUGAAAGUUACUACCAGACAUCUGAGCCUGUGAUUGCAUAUUAUGAAACCAAAAUUCCAGUGUUUAAGAUAAAUGCAGAAAGGACACCAGAAGAAGUUUUCCUUGAAGUAUGUUCCUCAGUCAAUAUUUUUCUGAAGCAGGAAGAAACAGCAUCAUCUCUUGCACUUCAUACACAGUAACUGCAGUUCUCUGUCACACAAA